AGGACUCGCAAAAACGUGCGAAACGUUCGCCAAAGAGAUAUCCAGAUCAGGGCCCAGCUUUUUCGAUCGGCUGGCCUUUUCGAUCGGCUCUGGGGGUUGUUUAGUCUCAUCGGCUCGGCCAGGUGUUUCCACGGGUCAUGCUCGUCCGCGAUUGUGUUUUUCUUGUGUGUUGGUUAAGUAUCGGCACCACGAGACUUUUUAUGUUUUCUGACAGACGACAACCGCAGGGGGCAAAAGCACUUCUGCGGGGUGUGUCUGUGUUAGAUUCUAGGCAGGCACGCAGCCACCUCCCUGCCCCUUUGGCCCGGGUGUCUGCUGUGUUGCAAAAUUUGCUGACGCGCCACCGAGAAAAGCUAAGCCGGUCGUGUCUUGGUUUUCAGCAUCUCAGGGCCCAUGGCGAUGGCGAAGGCGCCGCGAGGAUUAUUCUACUUUCCCGAGCGUCACUGGGCAAUACGGUCGCCACCAUAUGAAGCGGCUAACUAAGCGACUUGCAAAGAAGUGCGCAAAUAGAUAAACUAUAGCUUGGGGCCUACCUACUGACAGCCAGCUUCCACAAGGACGACGCAGCACUUCGGCUGAGCUGGUUCGGCCGAGCGCGUGGCGCGCGGGGAAGCGGCGUCGGCAAUGUUUAGCGUCGCUGAGUGCAUCGGGGCCGUGCAUCUUACGGGUUGGCACGCUGCGCUAUCGUUCAAUGGUAGGAGAGUCCCCCCUUCUCAUUCAUGUCGGCGCGGCGGCGCGCUUCACUUCCACGAACGAAGGUCCAGCCCACGCCCACUCGUUGCUUCACAUUCUCGCGCGCAGCCCACGUGCCCGCCCUUUUUUCUCGUUUCAUUCGCUUCCUUCUGUCUUGUUAGGUUUGGGCUUUGCGGGUCUCUCUCUGUCGUAUGCUUUCAGUUGCUGCCCUUGCUUUUUUUUUCAGCGGAGAGGGCUCACCGCUCCACGCUCCCCAGCGUGUGGCGCCGUCCCGUGUCACAGACUUGCUUAUAGUCCUGCGCGCGUCACGCUCCCCAACGCUGGACGCCGGCACGUGGCACGGCCAUGGCCUUGCUUCGUGUGUCACGCUCCCCAGCGCGUGGCGCCGAGAAGUCAGCGCCACGCCGAUGGCCCCCCUCGCGUGUCACGCUCCUCCGGUGGGUGUGGUGGGUAGGCAGGCACACCAUCGGGCUAGCGUUUUCUUUUUUGCUUUUAUGGCAAUUCUUAGCUUACUUAGCUGCUUCAUCCAUUCUGUUGCCAGAAUAUGCCGUAUCCGUUGGCUGCAAUGUCUCGCUGUCACAUUUCGACGCUGUUUCUUUAUCGCACACGCAUUUCGAGCCACCACUGGGACGAGCAGGCAACUUGUGGGAAAGAUGCAACUGCUCGAACGCAGGUGGGAAAAUCUGCAUUGCAAAAGAGGAGAGUGCAGAAACGUGUAGGGCGUUGCCUUCCCACUUGCAAGUACUAGCGGCGGCCAUCCCACCGAAAAAGGCGGCUUGUAUGCUUCAAUACACACUGCUGCGAGGGAUGAAUGAGACGGACAGGGAGGAAGGAAAGGAGAAGAGUGGGGGCGCCAAUCCCAAUGCUGAAAUUGGGACGAUGUCAAAAACGAUGGCAAAAAAAUGGCCUUGGCGAAUGACUGGCUUCUGGAAAAAAAACGCCCACGCGCUGCUGAGAAAUACCGUGUGGGGUCGAAUAGCGUCGCGAGCUGACUUGCUGCCUUCGUGUGUCAGUAAUUUUGUAAUCGGCCCGCCUACAGCCAGCAUGCUUCGGCAUCUGGACGCCUCAGUUGCACCAACCACGACUGGGCCCGGGCCCGAGCGCAUCUUUCUCAUUGGUAUACACACUCGCUUUGGUGAUCGCGGUCCCUGGCGAGAUUUUGUACGCAGAGUCUCCCUCGAUGAAAGGGUGGCCGAGAAGAUGUUUCCAGCUUACAUGUCGCGUCUGCGAAUGUACAGGCGGCAAAGCCUAAACUUUCCUGCCAAGUUCGAAGAGUUCAUGCGCCAAGUUGAAGCUCUUUUUUCAGCGCUUCGCAGUAAAGCCAUUCGUGCAGCUUUAUCAGAGCGGCAACUCGCACCGAAAGUAUUCCUCGCAACCGACACCUCAGUGGUGGAGGCCGCUUUCGCAAAUGUGUCUCGGGGGUAUUCGUUGUCGUCGUCGAGCCUGCAGAGUGCGAUUAGCAUGGAUCUGCAGUGGCGUAUCUUGGAGCCAGCGGUCAUUGGCACAGACGCGAGGCGAAAAUUUCGAAAAGUUGUGCAAGAGGGGGAAAAGAAGCUUGCUGCCUCGUGGCGCCUGUUGACAUUGUCGGACGUCAUACUAACUUACGGCACUGCUUCAACGAUGGCGUGGACAGUGCGCACUCACGGCUUCCAGUCCUCGUAUGAUUUCAGCACAUUAACGGACAAAAAAAUGAUAGAACUCAUUUUGAAACGGCUACACAGCGCGUAAUCUCCCGCAUUUUUGAUAGGCCCACCGCCUUAAAGAUGGCGAUCUGCUUGGAAUCCAUAAAGAUGGCGAUCUGCUUGGCGCUAUUAUGGUCCAGGGGAGUGUCGCUAUCGUCGCAGCUCGCACUGUUUUUCACAAGACGGAGCAUUCUCUUUGCCGCUCCCACUGUCGUCUACUUUGCCCAAGACGGUUUGCUAUGGGGAUACUAGGAUCGGACUCGUAUAGUACGCAGAACAGCUUCUAGCGCGCAUGGUGCAUGGAGGGAGCUCUUCCGCCACCCCCACGCAU